UGCACUUGUCCUCUCUUCCCUGAGGCCGGACAAGCUGCUGCAGAACAGCUCAAUUGGACCCAACAGCACCAGUUUCUGGUUCCAUGGGCUGACACCUGGCACGUACUACAGGGUUGAGGUGACAGCUACUCUUGCCUGCAUGGACAUCAUCAGCCAGACAGUCACAGGACAGACAAGUCCUUCACCCGUCCACAACCUGAGCCUGAGCAGUGAUGGGAGCUCCACUGUGCUGCAUGCCUCCUGGGAACAGGCCAGCGGGCAGCUGGACGGCUACCACCUUGCCCUGUACCACAGCGACUCGCAGACGCUCGUGAGAAAUGCAUCUGUCCUGCCCAACGCCACCACAUUCCUGUUUGACGGGUUGAUGGCUGGCAGUGAGUAUGCCUUGAAAGUCAGCACGCUGUCUGGAGCCAGCCAGGCCAGCACCAGCAUCCACCAGUGGACAGCACCCUCCAUCCCCACACAGCUAAUGCUCACCCCAGGGUCCAGCACCAGCCUCGUUGCCUCCUGGGCUGGUGCUGAUGGAGCUGCCUGGCUGCACCUCACGCUCCGCAACCUGCUCACCCAAACGGUGACCAAGACCCUGUCAGCCAAGAGAGGCCUCACCAACUACACCUUCCAGCACCUCCAUGCUGGCACCCAGUACUGCUUGGGUCUCAGUGCCAUGGCUGGGCCUUACACCGCAAUGGGGCCGAAUGCCACGGCUUGGACAUACCCGCUGAGCCCUGGCAAUGUGACCCUGAGCAGCGUGGAGGAGCAGAGCUCCUUGCAGGCUCGCUGGAACACCCCGGCAGGAGAGAGAGACUUUUAUCUGGUGACCCUGCAGGAGGGAGAGGAUGGUGCUCCGACCAGGAACAUCUCCGUUGGAGGAGACAGCAGUCAUGUCACCUUCCAUGGGCUGAACCCUGGGAAGCAAUAUUCUGUCCAGGUGACAGCAGUGGCUGGACCUUACCGGGCUUCUGAAUACAGCACAGCUGCCUGGACAAAGCCACUGCCACCAUCCAGCGUGAGCCUCUGCAACCAGGGUAGCUCCUCCAGCCUGCUAGCCCAGUGGGAAGAGGCAAUGGGAGAGGCGUACGUUCUGGCCCUCCAUACCAUGGAGCUCCCCGUGAAGAAGAGCUCCCUUCUCAGAGGUGUCACCAACUUCACCUAUGAGGGUCUUCGCCCUGGAACCCUCUAUAGCUUUGAGAUCAGCACUGUGGCUGGCCCUUACACCUCUGCACCUCAGCGCAUCACCAACUGGACGUAUCCUUUGCCUCCAGAGCAGCUGACCCUCAGCAAUCACGGUCUCAGCACUUCUCUACAAGCUUCCUGGAAAGCAGCUUCUGCCAGCAGCACUGCCUACGCUGGUACUCUCUGGGAGACUAAAUCCCAGAGACGCAUCAGGAACAUGACAACAGGAAACGGCGUGACAAACGUCACCUUUGAGGAUCUUGUCCCUGGGCGACAGUAUACCCUGGAAAUGGUUGCCACGGCUGGGCCUUACAAAUCCCCCAUGCGAUCAGCAACAGACUGGACAUAUCCUAUGGCUCUGUCUGGUGUGACCCUGACCAAUACUAGACGCCCACUGGGGCUCUCUGCCUUCUGGGACAAGCCUGCUGGUGAUGCGGACCAGCUUCACCUCCAGCUCUACAGCAAGAACCUGCCAGCACAAAGGAACAUCACCGUGGGGCCAAAAACACAGAAUUUCACAUUCCUGGAUCUGGCCCCUGGAAUUCAAUACUUCCUGAAGGUGACCGUCCUUGCUGGUCCCUACAGAUCUUCCUCCCACUUUGCAACCGAGUGGACAUAUCCCUUAUCCCUGGCUAACGUUAGCGUACAGCCCGGCCGGAGACCCCAGGAGCUGCAUGUGAGCUGGGUGGAGUCAGGUGGUGGCAGAGAGCACUUCGUACAGCUCUCAGUGGCUGAAUCCCUAUCAAUCAUCAGGAAUGUGUCUGUUCCUCGUGGAGUCAACCACAUUGACCUGCAGGGGCUGGUGCCAGGGUCCCGAUACCGUGUGGAGAUCUUCUCACAGGCUGGGCCUCAUCGCAGCUCCUCCCAGACUGUCAUCGGCUACACUGUCCCACUGCCUCUUCUCUCACUGUCAGCAAUCCCUGUCAGCACUUCCUGGGCUCUGGCUGUGUUCUGGGAGACUCCACCUGGUCAGAGGGAUGGAUAUCUGCUCAGCAUGCAUGAGGAGGGCUCCUCUUCACCAGCAAGGAACCUGCAUGUGGGAAAAGACAGCACCAACAUCACCCUGACACAGCUGGCACCAGGAACUUGCUACCUUGUUGAGAUCUGGGCUGUAGCUGGACUUCACCGCUCCCUCCCCAAGAAUGUCACUGGCUGUACAGUUCCUGCUGCUCCAACAAACUUGAGCCUUACCAACCCAGGCAGCUCCUCAGAGCUUCACGCGUUCUGGAACAAGCCCCCUGGCAGAAGGGACCACUAUCGUGUUAACAUAUAUAGCCUUACCUCUCGAAGCAAGGAGAGGGUCCAGACAUUGAGACCAGAUGCUCAGAAUGUUACCUGGACUCACCUGGAGGCAGGCAGCAGGUUUGCUGUGCAGGUCACUGCUGUGAAAGGCCCAUUUGAAGCUUCCUCUGAAAAUGUCACCCAAUGGACAUAUCCAUUGGCCCCAUCCAACCUCACCCUGAGCAGUCCCUCUGCCUCCACGCUGCAGGCCUCCUGGGCGGCAGUGGAGCAGGGAGCAGACGGCUACGUGGUAGAUCUCUACGACACAGCCUCCAGCGGCCGUGUUGGGCACAUGGUGCUGAGAAGGCACACCAGGACUCACACCUUCAGCAACCUGAGCCCCGGCACUCGCUACAGCGUGGCAGUGAGGGCCACAGCUGGGCCCUACCACGCCGCCACCCUCAACCUCACCCACUGCACACGCCCCCUGCCCCCUGCAGCCGUGCACUUUCUGAGCACGGGGCACUCGGACAGGCUGAGAGCAUCCUGGAGGGCUGCAGCCGGGGAGCGAGACAGCUACGCGCUGACACUGUACCACGUGGGACUGGGCACUGCGGUGGCAACGGCCUCGCUUGCAAGAGACACCCACAACUUCACCUUCCUGGGCCUGGCCCCGGGAUACGAGUACUCCCUGGAGGUCAGUGCCAUAGCUGGACCGUACCAGGCAGCGGCACACAACGUCAGCGGAUGGACAC